GGUGUUCUCGGCCUACAUCAAGGAAGUGGACGAGAAGCCGGCCAGCACACCUUGGGGCUCCAAAAUGCCAUUUGGGCAGCUGAUGGCUGAAUUCGGCGGCACCGGCAGUGGCGGCUGGGUCCAUAGCGUCAUACAAACUCAGUUUUCGCCUUCCCACAGGGUGUUCUCAGCCUACAUCAAGGAAGUGGACGAGAAGCCGGCCAGCACACCUUGGGGCUCUAAAAUGCCAUUUGGGCAGCUGAUGGCUGAAUUCGGCGGCACCGGCAGUGGCGGCUGGGUCCAUAGCGUCAGUUUUUCUGCCAGCGGGAACCGCCUUGCCUGGGUCAGCCACGAUAGCACCGUGUCCGUUGCAGACGCCUCGAAAAAUAUGAUGCUCUCUCAACUGAAAACCGAGUUUCUCCCCUUGCUGAGCGUAUCCUUUGUCUCGGAGAACAGCGUGGUGGCUGCCGGCCACGAUUGCUGCCCGAUGCUUUUCAACUGUGACGACCGCGGCGCACUCAACUUUGUCUCCAAGCUCGACAUUCCUAAGCAGAGCAUUCAGCGCAACGUUUCCGCCAUGGAGCGUUUCCGCAACAUGGACAAGAGAGCCACUACGGAAGACCGCCACGCUACACUGGAGACGUUGCAUCAGAACAGCAUUACUCAAGUGUCUAUUUAUGAAGUGGACAAGCAAGAUUGUCGCAAGUUUUGCACCACUGGUAUCGACGGAGCGAUGACCAUCUGGGACUUCAAGACAUUAGAGUCUUCCAUCCAGGGUCUACGGAUAAUGUAGAACGGAUUCCUUGUCCUCUAGCAAGACAACCUGCUCUGAAGCCUGCACAGACUUGAAAAGACAGGGUGAAGAUGGAUCACUUUUUUUUUUUAAGCACUGAAAAAAAAAUGACGACUUGGUGAAAUAUUUUUCCCCCCUAUUCCUUCCCCUUCCCCCAAACUCUGGUGAAAUGUAUUGAUCUGCAAAUCAGCUGUGAUCGUGGUAUAUAUUUGGGUUUGGGUGGUUGUUGUCGUUAUUGUUGUUGAAUUGUCCUUGGUUGUUGUUUUUUUUCAUUCCCUUCUUUACCAAAGCUGCUCCUUAAAAUAGUUUAUUGCAGGAAGUAUGAAACACUAACUUAAAAGGGGGAGGUUCUAUGUUCAGCUUGUCUGCUAGGAAAUAAAA